AGGCCAUCAACUGGAAGUGUUAAGGUGAUUUAGACUGCUAAAUACUCUAUUUAUAUAGACGCGGGGCGAAGGUUCCAGAGAACGUGGGCGUGGACGUGGAAGAGGACGAGGAGAACGCGGAAGAGGGCGCGGUCGUGGAGGUCCAGGUCGUGGCAUCAUUCUCGUUGAAGAAUCAAGCGCAUCGGGUAUCUUUUCGCUCGGUCCUUCGGCUAUGGCACGUUCACGAAAUAUGCCUGGUGGUGGUUACGCAACAUAUGGUGGUGAUGCGGGAUCGAGACAAGAAGCAGAGAGCAAUGAAGAAACAGACAUGAGUGCGCUCUUCUGGAAUACCAAUGACGAAUAUACACCGGUGGUUUUCCCGCACGUAUCACGAUUAGCUAGCGAUUUUGAUCCAUUGGAUCUUUCCAUCACGCCACGAAGAGUGCCAUGGUUGGUGGUGGAUACACCCGAAGAAACCCCGGCCGAGAAACCCGAGCCCAAGGAAGAUGAAGAAUCCCCCGUUCCGGUCAAGACGGAACCGGACACGGAAGAGAUGGAUGUCGACAAAAAUGAAAAGGAGUCCGAGGUGGAAGAGAAGCUUAAAUCACCCGACGCGAAACCUGUUACGGUGGCUCCGGAAACCUCUUCAACGACUGCAGCACCGGCACAAUCAGAUCCGUGGUACAUGUAUGAAGAUUCAGCCGCACGGAAUAUUUUCGGUGUGGAUAAAAAUAACAAGGUGGUCUCGAUUGCGGAAGACGAACUGUUAUGUUUCCAAUUGCCAUCUAUUUUACCCAAAUUUGAAAAGCCCCCGCCGCCGACCAUCGAUGUAGAUGAGGAAGAGAAACCAGUCAAGGAGGAAAAGGACGAGAAGGUCAAACCGUUACCCGCAGCUGCAAAGAAGACGUCAUUAGAGGAUGCCAUGUCAUCACUGGAACUGCAGGACAUGCCUGAUGGCUGUAUAGGCAAAGUGUAUGUGUAUAAGAGCGGACGGAUGAAGAUGAAACUGGGUAACGUCAUGCUGGAGAUCAACCAAGGGAUGCGAUCUACGUUUUUGGAAAAUGUCAUGGUAAUCGAUACCGUCAGUGAUCAGACAAAAAAGGCCAUUGAAUUGGGCCAUAUUGUACAGAAAUUUGUGUGUUCACCUGAUAUGGAUGAAUUGUUGAAAGAAGAUGAAGCUUCCUCCUUGUCAUAAAAAAAAUUUCAAUUGAACUCUUCCAAAAAAAGUAAUUCCAAACCAUUGAAAAAAAAAAAAACUACAGCU